GGGGGUGGGGCCUCCUCGGCGGUCCGUUCGAAGCGGGCAGCGGGUGGUGGUACGAUGGCGGUUGAGGCAGGGGCGGUCGUUGGCGCGCGGGAGGGAGGCACCCGCUUCCCUUUCCCGUUCGCCCCGUACCGGAUCCAGGAGGAGUUCAUGGCCGCGCUGUACCGCGCCCUGGAGGCCGGCGGGGUCGGCAUCUUCGAGAGCCCUACGGGGACGGGCAAGUCCCUGAGCCUGAUCUGCGGCGCCUUGGCCUGGCUGCGCGACUGUGAGGAGCGGAAGCGGCAGGAUGAGGCGCGGCUGCUGCAGGAGCCCGAGCAGCGGGACCAGGAGUCGUCGCCGGGGGGCGCCCUUGACCCGGCCGCCGGGGAGCCGGCCUGGGUGGCCGAGUUCGUGCAGGGCAAAGCGGCGCGGGACCGCGCCGACAGAGCCAAGGAAGAGCAGAUCAAGAGGAAAAAGCGAGAAGAGCGUCUUGAGAAAAUUCGUCACAAUGUGCAACUAAAAUAUGCGUCUAAAAGAAAGAAGUGUGAAGAUGACGAGACAGAACGCCUUCUCCAGCUCAGUAAGGAGAUCUUGUCCAAAGAGGCAGGGUCAGAUGUUCUAGAGCAGCUUGAUCACAGUGAGGAGGAGCUGAUCCUGGCCGAGUAUGAGAGUGAUGAGGAGAAGAAAGUAGGAGCUGGGUUGGAUGAAGAUGAUGAUGAUGAUUUAGAGGAGGAGCAUGUGACUAAGAUUUACUACUGCAGUCGCACACACUCGCAGCUGUCUCAGUUUGUACAUGAAGUUCAGAAAAGUCCUUUUGGCAAGGAGACCCGAUUGGUGUCACUGGGAUCUAGGCAGAGCCUGUGUGUGAAUGAAGAGGUACGACGUCUGGGGGCUGUCCAGCUCAUCAAUGACCGCUGCAUGGAGAUGCAAAAAAACAAACAUGAGAAGAAGAAUGAGGGAGAAGAGACAGCAGGGAAGAGAAGGCGUGUGAGCCGGGCUGUGUGUCCAUUUUACUCCUAUGAGCAAAUGCAAUUUCUUCGGGAUGAAGUUCUAGUUGAUGUGAAAGAUAUUGAGCAGCUGGUGACCUUGGGGAAGAAGACCAAAGCCUGCCCAUAUUAUGGAAGUCGGUAUGCCAUUCCUGCUGCCCAGUUGGUGGUGUUACCCUAUCAGAUGCUCUUGCAUGAGUCGACACGAAAUGCCUCUGGGAUCAAACUGAAGGAUCAGGUGGUGAUUAUUGACGAAGCCCACAAUCUGAUAGACACUAUAACCUGCAUCUACAGCGCUGAAGUCAGUGGCUCUCAGCUGUGCUGUGCCUAUUCCCAGCUGCUGCAGUACAUGGAACGAUACAGGAAACGUCUGAAAGCAAAGAACUUGAUGUACAUUAAACAGAUCCUGUAUUUGCUGGAGAGGUUUGUGUCUGUGUUGGGAGGAAACGUGAAUCAAAAUCCAAACACUCAGAGCAUUUCCCAGGCAGGGACAGAGCUAAAAUCUAUCAACGAUUUUCUGUUUCAAAGUCAAAUUGACAAUAUCAACCUCUUUAAGGUUCAGCGUUACUGUGAGAAAAGCCUCAUCAGCCGGAAGCUUUUUGGGUUUGUGGAGAGAUAUGGAGCCCCUACUGCUGUAAAGACCAACAAGGAGAACCAGAAGACAACUGGGUUGCAGAACUUCCUUCUGACCCUGCAGCAGGGACCUGAGAAAGAAGUAGGUGCUCCGCCACAUCCUCCUGCAGAUCCUGAGAUUGAUCAGCUCAAGAUGGCCUCUCCUCUGAUGCAUAUUGAGGGAUUUCUCUCUGCUCUCACCAAUGCAAACCAAGAUGGGAGAGUCAUCCUCAACAGGCAAGGCACUGUAAGUCAGAGCAGCUUCAAAUUCCUCUUGCUGAACCCUGCCGUACAUUUUGCCAAAGUGGUGAAGGAAUGCCGAGCUGUGAUCAUUGCAGGGGGCACCAUGCAACCGGUGGCUGAUUUCCGAGAGCAGUUGCUGUCGUGUGCUGGCAUUGAUGCUGACAGGGUGGUGGAGUUCUCCUGUGGUCAUGUGAUUCCUCCAGAAAACAUUUUACCCAUAAUCCUCUGCAGUGGACCAUCCAACCAGCAGCUAGAGUUCACAUAUCAGAAGAGAGACCAGCCUCAGAUGAUGGAUGAGGCGGGUCGAAUCCUUUGUAACCUGUGCAAUGUGGUCCCUGGUGGCGUGGUGUGCUUCUUUCCUUCCUAUGAGUAUGAGAAGCAGGUGUACACGCACUGGGAAGGAACAGGGCUUCUCACCCGGUUGGCUACUAAGAAGAAGAUAUUUCAAGAGCCCAAGAGAGCAAACCAGGUGGAGCAGGUGCUGGCAGAGUAUGCCAAGUGCAUUAAGCGCUGCAGCCAAGUGGGAGGCCACAUGACAGGGGCCCUGCUGUUUUCUGUGGUUGGAGGGAAAAUGAGUGAGGGAAUCAAUUUCUCUGAUGACCUGGGAAGAUGUGUGGUUAUGGUGGGCAUGCCGUACCCCAACAUCAAGUCUCCAGAGCUUCAGGAGAAAAUGGCUUGGCUUGAUAAAACCAUGGCAAAAACUGCUGGUCAGGCACCUAGCAGAAUGCUGAUUGAAAAUCUAUGCAUGAAAGCAGUAAAUCAGUCAAUAGGGAGAGCUAUUCGCCAUCAGAAAGACUUUGCAAGCAUCCUGCUCCUAGAUCACAGGUAUGCUCGCCCUGCUGUCUUCAAUAAAUUACCUCAGUGGAUCAAGGAAAGAACACUAAUCAAGACUGGCUUUGGACAAGCGUUUGCAGAAUUAAGGAAGGUGAGCGUCACUUCCUCUCUACGUACCUUACAUAUGGAAACUCCUACUAAAGACCCAUUUCCCUUUAUGCACUCAUCUUCCCCAUGAGAAGCUUGCUCAGUGACUACCCUAGCAGAUAUCUUAAUGUGCCUGCUUAGCCCCUCCCUACCUGCACAGAAGAUAAACCUCCUUUAGGUACUGCACAGUUAUGAUUAGGAAUGAACAAUGCUCUCUUGGUUGUCUUUCUUCCUAGUUCCAUCGAGAGAAGUCAUGUUAUAGGCCAGCAUCUUCCUGAGGGGAGAUUAAAUGCUUCCUGCUUGUGAACCAGACAGAAAACCACAGUUUGUCAUCCCUGCAGAACCAGAAGCAGUUGGAAGGUUUUCACAGGCUCCACAGUUGUACAUGUUUUACUAAUCUACUCUUUCCUGUUUGACAUCAGUUCAUUCACUAUGCUUCUGGGCUGGAGAGAGUGCCUUGGUACAGCUGGCUGCCUCCACAGGGCAGCAGUGUGGUAGGGGAGAACCUUCUUCUCCUCCAGCUAGACACUGAGGGAAAUGGGGAUAGAAGCAAAUGCGCCAUCAACUUUUGCUACCACUUGGUGGUAUGUUGCUGGGGUUCUUUAGUACCUGUGUUUGUUCCAUAGUGUUUUGUAGUUUCAGGUUAUGAUUUAAAUAAACAUCUUCACUGAACCCAAA